AUGCUAUAUCUGGAUAAAUUUGAAGAGCUCAGAGAAGCUGAGCUCUUCAAUAGUUAUGGUGGAGCUUAUGAAUACACUCAGAAGCUUGAUCGCUUCAACCCUCAGAACAAGGAAACCUUUGUUCAGAAGUAUUUUGAUGUGGACAAAUAUUGGGAUCCAGAGAUUGGACCUCUCUUUUUGUACAUUUGUGGAGAAUCAAUCUGUGAAGAACCAGCUGAUAACAGAUUUGUAGUAAAUCUUGCCAAGAAAUCUAACGUAAGAGUGCUUGCACUUGAGCAUAUAUAUUAUGGAUAUAGUCAGCCCAAACCAGAUUGGUCAACAGAGACAUUUGAAGAAGGAAGAGCUGAAGAAAUCUUCCAAAAGCUUGGAUUUGGGUUUGAGUAUUCCACUUCAAUUGAGUUAAUAGAAUAUCUAGCUAACUAUCUAGCUUGGGCUAUCCAAUAUGGCUCAAGAACAUCUCUCUGUGAUCAAAUUUCGAAUGCUGGAGAGAAUCUUGGCAAUUAUAUAAACUUCAUUUUAUAUACUCCAAUGCAAUAUGGCUUGAAAAUCACAGAUUUCUUUAAAGAAAAUAGUGCGAGAAUUUCCCUGGAUACAUACUCCUACAUAAGACAAUGGAUGCAUCAGAUUUGCUCAACCCUUGGAUAUUUUCAGACCUACUAGAGAUGUAAGUGCAUUCCUUUCCAGAUCUAAUAUCCUAAUUUAUAUUCCAGCCAUGAGAAGUGAGCAAAUCUAUCUUGAUUUCUAGAGAGGUGAGUGCUCAAAACAGUUUGGCACUGAUAUCUUCUCCGAUACAGACCACUGGAAUAACCUCUAUGGAGGUGUAGACCUAGACUCUUCUAAGAUUGAGUUUGCCAACUGUGGGGAAGAUCCAUGGCAACACUCUAAUAUUACAAAGAUAGAUAAUCCUACUUAUCAUACCUUUUAAAUUGACUGUGAUGAUUGUGCUCAUUGUUUCGAUUUAUAUGGAGACAAACCUACAAAUGCUCCAGAAUUAACUGAAGCUAGAGCAAAAAUUGCAGAUAUCCUUGAGAAAUGGAUUCAGGAAGAACUAAAUAUUAAUUAAAGCAUGAGGAGAGAUAUCCAACCAAAUCUUUAGCUGAUCUCUAGAAUUACCUUUCUAUCCCCUUAAAGCUACUCCUUAUCACUUCUCUCCAAUAUUAUACCUC